ACAUUCGUCAUGAAAUCUAUUCUGAUAACUGGCUGCAAUAGAGGUUUAGGUUUGGGUCUCGUCAAUAAAUUAGUGCAAAGAAAUUCUUUAAAAAACCUGAUAGCGACUUGCCGGAACCCACAAACUGCUAAGGAUCUUAAAGAAAUUGCAGGCUGCCAUAAAAAUGUUCACAUACUAAAAUUUGAUGUGAAGGAUUUUAACAGCUAUGGUGAAUUCAGCAAAUCUGUAGCAGAUAUUGUUGGCGAGGAAGGACUAAAUGUCCUAAUUAAUAAUGCUGGUGUAUCAUCAAAAUUCACUAGGGUAAACCUAGUGAAAUAUGAACAGAUGAUGGAAAACUUUACAGUUAACACUGUGGCUCCUCUAAUGCUAACAAAGGCCUUGUUACCUCUGCUCAAACAAGCUGCACAAAAAAACUCAGCUGAAACAUUUGGUGUAAAGAAGGCAGCAGUUAUUAACAUGAGUUCUGUCCUUGGCUCCAUUGCAGAUAAUAAACAAGGAGGAUUUUAUCCCUACAGAUCUAGUAAGGCUGCUCUAAAUGCAAUCACACGUUCACUGUGUUUUGAUCUAGCUGCAGAUAACAUUCUUGUAGUGAGUAUGCAUCCUGGUUGGGUCAAAACAGAUAUGGGAGGUACAAAUGCUCCCUUAACUGUGGAACAGAGUGUAGGAAGUAUUGUGGAAACUCUUCUCAAACUUGAUAAGUCACACAAUGGUUGUUUCAUACAAUAUGAUGGAAAACAACUGCCUUGGUAACUCCAUCUACUUAAUCUCUGACAAUGUCACUAAUUCUGCAUUUGGCUGAUAAAUUGUUUAGAUAUUCUUGAGCUUGAAGACAAACAGUGCUACUCUCUUCAUAAAUUGCCAUGAAAUUCUGGAGUGAUGGUUUCUUUAAAAAUUGCAUAGGAAUAUGUAAAAUGGGAUGGUGUGCCUUAAAACCUACACUGGUUAUGGAAAAUUGCAUUCCUGAUGUUGUGUAUAAUCCAUCCACAUCUCAGUUUUGUAUAAUAUACAGUGUAACACUUUGCUCCAGAAAAAUUAAAAUUAGCUUUGAUAGACAUAGGUUUAUAUAAACUAAAAUUUGCCAGAAGAAUGAUAUUCCAUGAAGAGUAAAAUAUCUAUCUAAUAAUAUACUUUUGGAAAACUGUGUUGCUUAACUAUAUGAUUGAUCUGUUUUUUUAUGUCAAUGAAAUUUAUCCAUGUUAUCUUCUAAUGUUGAAAAAAAUUGUUUACAUAUUUAUUGAAAUUUAUACACCUUGCUAUAUUUCAUAAAUGUAUCUGUUAAAGUGUCAAAGACAACUUCAUGAUGUUCAGUGUACUUUUCUAUCAAAUGAGUGUUCUUUUUAAAUUAAUGAGAAUAUUGAGAACAUUCAACAUAUUUUUAUGAGUAUAAGAAUAGUAAAUAUUAAUCUACUGGUAUGAAUAGUCUUCUGGCAUUAGCUUAGCAACUUCAUCAUCAAGUGAUUCACGUAAUGAUGGUCUUGCAAGUUGAGAGAUUACUGGAAGAUUAAGUUUAAUGGUUUUCAUUCUUAAAUAUGAACUUUUAACUGCUGUCAAAUAACAGAAGAAUACAUUACCAUUGGUUUGCAAUAUUAAAGUGUUCAGUGCUUUCCUUUGCUAAUAUCCCACAUGUUAUAUUCACAAAUAUACUGUUUUCAAACUGUGGCUUGAAGGGAUUGCUUUACUAGUGCCUGGAUGAUAAGUUCCAUUCUUAUAUUUUAUUGUUAGAGGUUGCUACAUAUUCUGGGACCUAAAGCUACAAUUGCAUGUUAACUUUUUCUUAUAAAGCUGCAGUUAGAUGGUUACACUACAGGAGACAAAAACAGGAUUGCAUUUGUUUCUAUCAAUUUGGGCUGAACAUCUGAUGAACAGUUUGUUGUGUGUUUAUUUUUAAAAAAGAAAGAUAUUUUUGUAUGAAAUAUCAUUUUUGCAGGUUUUAACAUAAAUAUUUAUGCUUUUAGUUUAUAUUAGUUUGAAACAUAGAUAUUAUACUGUUAUUACUUUCUAUCUUCUUACAAGGGAACCUCCCCAUCGCACCCCCCUCAGAUUUAGUUAUAACUUGGCACAGUGGAUAGGCCUUGAUAAACUGAACACAGAUCAAUUGAGAAAACAGGAAGAAGUUGUGUGGAACUGUGAAAAAAUAAGCAAAAUAUACAAACUGGUCAUCAGUCUUGGCCACAUAGGCAACAUAAAGGAGAACGUGAGCUCAGGAGCGCCGUGGUCCCUUGGUAGAGUGAGCAGCUGCAGAAGGAGAGGUCCUUGGUUCAAGUCUUCCCACGAGUGAAAAUUUUACUUUCUUUAUUUUUGCAUAGUUAUUAUCUGUCCGUUCGUUCAUUGACGUCCCUGUUCACUGUAAUAGGUUUAGUGUCUGUGUUUUGUGACCGCAUCGCAAAACCGUGCGAUUAGUAGACGAAAGGACGUGCCUCUCCAAUCAGAACCGAAAACAUUUGAUCGCAAGGUCAUAGGUCAACCGAUUCCUCCACAGGAAAACACAUCUGAUAUAUUCUAUACGACACUGGUGACGGCAUGUGCGUCAUAUGACAGGAAUAUGUUGUCGACCCACCUAACUUGUACACUUGGCGAAUGGGUAAAAAGAUUCUUCUACCUUGCCCGAUUUAGGUUUUCUUGUGGAUGUGAUAAUCACUCCCAAAAAAGUGAUGAAAACAUAAGAGUUUGUCACAUAAACUGAAAAUAAAAAAUUAAAGUUUUCACUCGAUGGAAGAUUUGAACCAAGGACCUUCCGUUCCGCAGCUGCUCACGUUACCACGAGACCACGGCGCUGCUGCGGUCCCAGCAUUCUUAAUGUUGCCUAUCUUGCCAUGAACUACUCAGUUUGUAUAUUUUGCUUAUUUUUUCACAGUUCCACACAACUUCUUCCUGUUUUCUCAAUUGAUCUGUGUUCAGUUUUUCAAGGCCUAUCCACUGUGCCAACUUAUAACUAUAUCUGAGGGGGGUGCGAUGGGGAGGUUCCCUUGUUAGUUAUUUAUGUUGUUUUUUGUGUGAAAUCUGCUCUUAGGAACUGUAGAGUGACAUUAUCAUUUAUUUACAAAGAUUGAUUAAAGAUGGUCAUCUUUUACUCUCUUAA